AUGGCGGCAGCGCAUGUCACGAUCUCCAACGAGGUGCCCGAGCACCCCUGCGUGUCCCCGGUGUCCAACCACGUUUACGAGCGCCGCCUGAUCGAGAAGUACAUCGCGGAGAACGGCACCGACCCCGUGAACAACCAGCCGCUCUCGGAGGAACAGCUCAUAGAUAUCAAAGGUGAUGGGAGCGGGCGCUGCGCGCAGGGCCGCCUCCCUGGCAGAGCCCCCGCGCUCCUCGGGGCAGCGCAAGAGUUGUGGCUACAGCAGGGCUACGGGCACGGGGCAGAGAUGCGCCAUUCGCGGGGGGCAAAAGGGGCUGUGCCUGGUAAGGUGGGUGGUGCUGCUCGAGAAAACACUCGUGGAAGCGGCACCCUGGCGACGCUGAAACCCCAGGCUGGCCUCAUCGUGCCCCAGACGGUGCCGUCCUCCCAGCCCAACGUGGCGGGUGCUGGGGAGUCCAUGGAUCUGGGCGAGCUGGCGGGCAUGACCCCCGAGAUCAUUCAGAAGCUGCAAGACAAGGCCACGGUGCUGACCACGGAGCGCAAGAAGAGAGGCAAGACUGUUCCAGAGGAGCUGGUGAAACCAGAGGAGCUCAGCAAGUACCGGCAGGUGGCUUCACAUGUGGGGCUGCACAGUGCCAGUAUCCCAGGGAUCCUUGCCCUGGAUCUCUGUCCUUCCGACACCAACAAGAUCCUCACUGGCGGGGCUGAUAAAAAUGUCAUCGUCUUUGACAAGACUUCGGAGCAGAUCCUGGCAACGCUCAAGGGACACUCCAAGAAGGUCACCAGUGUCGUGUUCCACCCGUCUCAGGACUUGGUGUUUUCAGCUUCUCCUGAUGCAACCAUCCGGAUCUGGUCUGUGCCCAACGCCUCGUGUGUCCAAGUUGUCCGUGCCCACGAGGGCUCUGUGACAGGGCUGAGUCUCCAUGCCACGGGUGACUACCUGCUCAGCUCUUCUGAUGACCAGUACUGGGCUUUCUCGGAUAUCCAGACAGGCCGUGUUCUUACUAAGGUGACAGAUGAGAGCUCCGGCUGUGCUCUUACUUGUGCCCAGUUCCACCCAGAUGGGCUCAUUUUUGGAACAGGGACGAUGGACUCCCAGAUCAAGAUCUGGGAUCUGAAGGAACGUACCAACGUGGCCAACUUCCCAGGGCACUCGGGCCCCAUCACCAGCAUCGCCUUCUCCGAGAACGGCUACUAUCUCGCCACGGCUGCGGACGACUCCUCUGUCAAGCUCUGGGACUUGCGUAAACUCAAGAAUUUCAAGACGUUGCAGCUGGACAAUAACUUUGAGGUGAAAUCUCUCAUCUUUGACCAGAGUGGCACCUACCUGGCCCUGGGUGGCACCGAUGUUCAGAUCUACAUCUGCAAGCAGUGGACAGAAAUCCUCCACUUCACAGAGCACAGUGGCCUCACCACGGGGGUGGCUUUUGGCCACCACGCCAAGUUCAUCGCCUCCACGGGCAUGGACCGGAGCCUGAAGUUCUACAGCCUGUGACCGCAGCAGCGCGGCUGACGGGGGCCUC